AUGAACGUUUUGAAACUUCAGAGGAAGUUUCCUCAAUUCCAACAGAACGAAAUCUUUAGCUUGUCCGAUGCCUUUCAGCGGCUUGAUGUUGACGACAGAGGAUACCUUGAUGAAGCUACCGCUAUCAAGGCAACCCAGCAGAGCGAAAAUCAGCCCUACGAUGUUGUGCGCCAGGCGUUGAAGGAAGUCGAGCUUGACUCUUCGCGACGCGUUGAGCUCGAGGAUUAUGUUAGCCUCGUUGCCAAGCUUCGCGAUUCAUCGCCUGCUCAGAAGCGCAUGUCCACGGGACCAACUCCUCCCUCUGCAGGUGGCGGUGUUGUCGCGCAACGUACUGGAGGCCAUGCUUCCAAGGGUAGCGUGAGCGGAAAGAUCCAGGUCCAGGGCUCUAAUGCCAACAUCACUCACACCAUUAAUGAGGAUGAACGCACCGAAUUUACCCGUCACAUCAAUGCCGUGCUGGCUGGCGAUGCUGAUAUUGAUAGUCGCCUCCCCUUCCCCACCGAUACCUUCGAAAUGUUCGACGAGUGCAAGGAUGGCUUGGUUCUAGCCAAGCUCAUUAACGACAGCGUUCCCGAUACAAUUGACGAGCGUGUCCUUAAUAUUCCCGGCAGGAAGAUCAAGAACCUCAAUGCUUUCCACAUGAGUGAGAACAACAACAUUGUUAUCGAGUCUGCCAAAGGUAUCGGCUGUUCUGUUGUUAACAUUGGUGCUGGUGAUAUCAUUGAGGUUCGAGAACAUCUUAUUUUGGGUCUCAUCUGGCAAAUCAUUCGACGAGGAUUGCUAGGAAAGAUCGAUAUCAAGCUCCAUCCUGAGCUGUAUAGACUGCUUGAUGAGGACGAGACACUUGAGCAGUUUCUCCGCUUACCCCCCGAGCAAAUUCUUCUCCGGUGGUUCAAUUACCAUCUGAAAGCUGCUAACUGGCCCCGCACCGUCAAGAACUUCUCCUCUGAUGUUAAGGAUGGUGAAAAUUAUUCGGUUCUGCUGGCGCAAAUUGGUCCCGAGUAUGGCGUUACCCGUGCGCCAUUACAAAAGCAGGAUCUACACGAGCGAGCUGAGGCAGUUCUACAAGAAGCAGACAAGCUCGGAUGCCGCAAGUUCUUGACACCAAAGUCACUCGUCGCUGGUAAUCCCAAGCUCAACUUGGCGUUCGUCGCCAAUCUAUUCAACAACCACCCCGCCCUUGAUCCCAUCACUGAGGAAGAAAAACUCGAGGUUGAAGAUUUCGAUGCGGAGGGUGAACGCGAGGCUCGAGUCUUUACACUGUGGCUGAACAGCCUGGACGUCCAACCUGCAGUUGUCUCGUUCUUUGAUGACCUUAGGGAUGGCAGUAUUCUCCUUCAGGCUUACGAGAAGGUCAUCCCAGGCUCUGUCAACCCCCGUCACGUCAACAAGAGACCAGCGCAUGGAGGUGAGAUGUCGAGAUUCAAGGCCGUCGAGAACACCAAUUACGCGAUUGAGCUUGGAAAGCAAAACGGGUUCUCGCUAGUUGGCAUCCAAGGCGCUGACAUUACUGAUGGGCAAAGGACCUUAACUCUGGGUCUUGUGUGGCAACUCAUGCGCAAGGACAUCACCGUUACUCUAUCUUCACUAGCUCAGAAACUGGGCAAGCGAGAAAUCACCGACUCUGAGAUGGUGCGAUGGGCAAAUGAUAUGUCACGAAAGGGCGGCAGGAAUUCUUCCAUCCGCUCUUUCAAGGAUCCUUCAAUUGGAUCUGGUAUCUUCCUUCUGGAUGUUCUGAAUGGAAUGAAGAGCAGCUAUGUCGAUUACGAUCUCGUUACAUCUGGACAGACUGACGAGGAUGCUUACUUGAACGCCAAGUUGAGUAUCAGCAUUGCUCGAAAGCUCGGCGCGACCAUUUGGCUGGUUCCCGAAGAUAUCUGCCAAGUCCGCAGCCGCCUAAUCACCACCUUCAUUGGUUCUCUUAUGGCUACCCACGAAAGGAUGUAG